AUGCGUGGCCGUGGGAGGAGGAGAGGAAGGAGAAAAGGUCAGGGAUCAGCGGAGGAGGGGGUACGGUCGGGAGUCGGUGAAGGGAAUGUUUCAACGGCGGGAAAACCUGGAAAUCUCAUUCUUGGAUGUCAGCCUCCGCUUCCGCAGAUAAUCCGACUUCGCCCGACCAUCCAAUGUCCUUCUGUACUUUCAUGA